AUGUUUUCUCGAUUUUCAUUUCAUGUACAACCCACGAGCGUAUCACUGGCAUUAAACUUGCUGGGAACUUCCUUACACGUCGCAUCCGAGAAAGGCCAAGUUGAAGUAGUGAAGUGUUUGAUUGAAAACGGGGCAAAUAUCAACGCAGGGAAGGUUUUCCAGAAAACUCCCUUACACGUCGCAUCCGCGAAAGGCCAACUUGAAGUAGUGAAGUGUUUGAUUGAAAACGGGGCAGACAUCAACGCAGGGAAGGCCUUCCAGGGAACUCCCUUACACGUCGCAUCCGAGAAAGGCCAAGUUGAAGUAGUAAAGUGUCUGAUUGAAAACGGGGCAGAUAUCAACGCGAGGAACAUCUCGCAGAGAACUCCUCUACACGUCGCAUCCGAGGAAGGCCAAUUUGAAGUGGUCAAGCGAUUAAUUCAAGAAGGCGCGAAAAUUGACGCAUGGAACAACCUGCAGGAAAGUCCCUUACACGUCGCGUCUGGAAAAGGCCAGGUUAAAGUGGUCAAGUGUUUGAUUGAAAGCGGGGCAGAUAUUAACGCAAGGAAAGUCUUCCAGAAACCACAGCUAAUUAGUUCCCUUUUUCAGAAAACUCCGCUACACGUCGCAGCCGAAUAUGGUCAAGUUGAAGUGAUCAAGUGCUUGAUCAAAAAUGGGGCAGAUAUCAACGAAAGGAACAUCUGGCUGAAAACUCCAUUACACUUAGCAUCCGAAAAUGGCCAAUUUGAAGCGGUCAAGUAUUUAAUUCAAGAAGGGGCAGAUAUUAACGCAAGAAGUGCCUUCCAGGUGAAGCUCAUUUCUCAGUACUAG